AUGUCUCCUCAAGGCACAGAGCGACCACAUUCACCGGAGCCCAUGGCGGAGACACCAGAAGAGACCACGAGGAGGCGCGAAAGCGCGACAGCCCUCGCUCCCGGCCGUUCGAGACUUCUGCUGUACUCGAGAGGGUUUGAGACUGUUCACUUUAACCAGAAGGUCGCAGAGCCCACUGAACAGGGACAGGAGACUAACCAAAGACCGUCGACGAUUUUCGGCCGCGCAACGCCCCUCUCUCAGCCUUGCGCAAGACUCUCACUGCACGCAGAAGGCGGUCAGGCUGCUCAGCUCAGCCAUGGACUCAGAUAUCGUGCUGAGAUCUUCGACGCAGCCUCGCGUCCCAAGAUCUCUCAAGCCCACUCGCGCGUCGUCAAGCGGACAUGCCCCAUAACGACAGCAUUCAGCAUCGCCGAAAUUCGCGACAUGCUACUCGACGCCAUGACCGGGACAGGACUUGUGGACAUCGCACAUUACAAGGCGGCCCUUGCUCGCCACGACGCCAAACUAGCCGGUAUCCUCUCCAAGUACAUCCGCGUCGAGGACCGUGUUGAGGUUGCACUUGCGUGGCAGCGCCGGUUCUUCUCGAGCUCGACCUUCAUGAUCAUGAUGGCGCCUCAUACCACUUGGUCUCAGCCCUCGCUUCUCACUUGGGCGGCCUUCAUCAACAUCCUGUCGCCUUUCCUCGCAAAGUUGCCAAGCCUGCAUUUGUGGUUUCGAGACGCCAACUGCAGUGUUCGUCUCUCCAUUACGCGAAGUAAGCGCGUGUACACAUUCGGCUUCCUCUGGAGGGCAGGUAAUGCACCGUGGAGCCAUUCGAGCUCAGCCGACGCUGCGCUCCUGGAGCGGAUCUCGAAGUAUCAGCUUGAUGAAGUGACAACUCAGCUGAACCACGCCAAGCUGGAAAUAUUAGAGCCAUGCCAUUUGCAGAAGCUAGCGACGGCAAUCUUCAAGCUUCCUGUGCUGUACUACAUGAUGGGCGACGCAUACAGGCCAGUGGAAUCCAGGACUCAGCCCGAUACGUGGAUGCCGACGGACAUGCAGCUGAAGAACUACGCUACGCGGUAUUACAAAGGCUGUCCGGGAUUUGAGGGAAGGUAUACUGUGCUUGAUCAGUGGGACUCUUGA